CUCCAGGAAAUACUUCAGUGUGUGUGUGGUGGUGAAGCCCAGUAGUGAUGUUAUCUCUCUAAUACUAAACACCAUCAGGCAGCAGUUGCACACCAACAGCUCUAAAACAAACCUUCAUACUCGACAACAUGUACGCUUCAGUGAUGGACAACAUUUUCUUACUGGUGCUGGUCACUCUACUCAGCGUUGUUCAGAAUGUGUUUUUUGCUCUAAAGGUUGAGAAAGAGUGCACAGGUCAUCAAUCGAAACGUUCUGCAGCUUUCGAGCGCUUGUCUUGCGCAAAGCGAAACUGCAUGGAUACGUAUCCUACAUUUCUGGCAGUGCUGUGGUGCGCUGGUAUCUGCCUCAGUCAAGCUCCAGCUGCCUUCGCUGGCAUUCUCUACCUUGUGGUCCGCCAGAAGUAUUUUGUUGGUUACAUGGGGGAGACUUGCCAAAGUACUCCUGGCUUCCUGUUUGGGAAACGGAUUCUCUUCUUCCUGUCACUCAUGUGUGUUGUGGGAAUCAUAAAUCACCUGAUGCUCAAUUAUGGUGGCAGCGACUAUAAAGAAUACAUCCAGACCAUCACCAAAGCAGCAUCCACCCUUCUGCUCUUGCCCUAAACUGGGUUAACAUCUCAGUGUAAAUAAUCUCUUUUGGUUAAUGCUUUAUCAGUGUGAGGAUAUAAAAAAAAAAGACGAAAGAAAGAAAGUGUGAAGCGUCUACAUGAUUACAAAAAGCAUUUAAUUGCAAAAUGGUAUGUACAUAUUACAAAUCUUCACAAAAACCAACACAAGAAGACACAAAAUAGCUGUUAUAUCCCAGUGUAAUGUAUUUAAAAUAUGUUUUAAAGGGCUCAAAUCAAUCAGUAAAGUUUUAAUUGUGGCCAAAAUAGUAAGGAUUUAGAAUUUAAGCCUGUUUGUGUAAGUUUUCUGUAUUUAACUGAAUACUGCUGUGUUAAUGGCACUUAAAAUAGUCUGUUUGUAAUAUCGUGCCAUUAAAAAGGUCCAAGUUCUGCUUCUGCACCGGAUUGCCGGUUUCCUGUUGUGUGAAAUACAGCGCAGCGAAAUCAACAGCCUCUUUGCACAGCCUGGAUUACAUAACAGGAUUGCAAAAUAUUCAGUGAUGACAUGUCAAGAUCAGACUGAAACCUUGUUAAAAAAUACACGUUUUUAAUGAUUCUCUGGUAGUGCAGAGUAGAUGAUGCUCUACACAGCACAAGUCAGAGGAAAACGUGAUGUUUUAACCUGUGACGUGAGGAAGUUUUUCACUUUGCUGUAAAAUAUACAGGAAAAUUUGAUUCUUUAUGACAUGAGUCAUUUAAAGCAACGAAAGGAACACAUUCAGGCACAUACAGUGACCCAUUUUAAAAAAAGUAUUGUAAUUAUUUUUAUUUAUAUACAAU